UAGCUAGCGAGUUCUCAUUAGUUCGUCAUUUAAAAUAAAUAACACAUAAUAUACAUUUUGUUUAGUUAUUUGCGUGUCCUUUUACUGCAACGAAUAUGUGGAUUGAAGUCAUUUUUACGUUAUUAACCACAUCGAGAAUUUAUGCGCAGACAUGUGCAGAGCAGUGUGGGAAAAAACUGGGCUCCUGCUCGUGCCAUGCAACAUGUGUUUCUCUACAGAACUGCUGCUCAGAUUAUAGACAAUUCUGCCUGGCGAUUUCUCCUUACUCCGGCGCAAUGUUAGGGGGAGCUGACUUCACUUUCCUGGAUGUAACUUUUGACGUGGGUUCAAAAAUACUCUGCCGGUUCAAUGGUGACAUUGUAGUCGACGGUUACGUGGAUGAAGAUGGCAGUGGUCACUGCAUUUCACCUUUGGUGCUCGAAACGGGAUGGGUACCGUUUGAAGUCUCGACCGAUGGCGCUACGUAUAAUAGACAAGGGGCUUGGCUAUCAGUGCAUCCUGGGAAACUGAGUGCUGAUUUGAAAGCCACCCUCGUGAAUGCGACCCAGUGGCAGUACUAUGGCACCCCCGACGUUGAGGGAAUUCUACGGAUGACUUGGAACACCUCUCUCAUCAAAGCAGGCAAUGUCAGUGUGGAGCUUUGGGGAUAUAGAGAGACAGGUGAGCCCUACUCCAGUUCCUGGAUGCCGGAAUUUAAGUACUUGUACACUCUGGGGCGAGACCUUCCCAACAGUGGCGAGUUCAGCUUCACUCCUGAACCCAUGAAAAAGCCUGUGUCCGAUUGGGAGCUUGGAUGUCUCCGAGUGAGCAGUUCUUCAGAGCCUGAUGGAAAAAGGGACGUAGAGGCUGUGUGGAGCGAGGACCACGCCCUGGCCUGGCACCUGGAGGAGAAGUUUCGGCAGGACUCGGCCGGCUGGGCCCUGGAGAAGUGUCUGCAGUGGGAUAAGCUGGAGCGGGCACUGCCCCAGUUCCUGAACGAGACCAUCGACUGCCCCUGUACCCUGGCCCAGGCCAGGGCCGACACAGGCAGGUUUCAUACCGACUAUGGGUGUGAUAUCGAGAAGGGGAGUGUGUGUACGUACCAUCCCGGUAGUGUUCACUGUGUCCGAGCCAUUCAAGCCAGCCCCAAGUACGCGGCAGGCCAGCAGUGUUGCUAUGACAGUACAGGGACACAGGUGCUGACGGGGGAUUCGAUCGGGGGGAGCACCCCGGACAGGGGGCACGACUGGGGCUCCCCUCCCUUCAAGAAACCCCCCCGUGUCCCGGGGUUGUCUCACUGGAUCUACGACGUCCUGAGCUUCUACUACUGCUGCCUGUGGUCCGACAACUGUCACUAUUACUUCACCCACCGGCCCUCCAGCGACUGCAGGACCUACCAGGCCCCAAAACCCGGUAUCGCGUUUGGUGACCCCCACUUUGUGACGUUCGAUGGCUUCAGCUACACCUUCAACGGAAAGGGGGAGUACUACCUGGUGCUGGCAGCCGAGAAGGGCCUCACUGUUCAAGGGAGGACAGAGCCUGUGAAACUGCCCAAUGGUACCUCCACCAAUGCCACCAGACUGUCCGCUGUGGCGAUGCAGGAGAACGCCUCCGAUGUCAUCGAAGUGCGCCUCACUGAUCGUGAAGAUCAUCUGGAAGUGCUGAAGAACCAGGAGGUCCUCACCUUCUCCCAACAGAGCUGGCUAGACCUCAGAGGUGUGUUCGUCUUCUCCCCGGUCCCGCAGAACGUGACCGUCAUGUUCCCCACGGGGGCCGGGGUGGAGGUCCGAGCCCGCGGAGGCGCCAUGGCGACCACUGUGCUCCUCCCCCAGGACUUUGAGAACCACACCCUGGGCAUGCUGGGCCGGAUGAACGGUGACCCCAGUGAUGACCUGGUCUCUAGCAACGGGGAGGUGUUUCCCCUCAACCAGACCGAGGCUGAGGAGCUCUUCCAGUUCGGAGCGGGCUGGGCCAUCACAAACGAGACUUCCCUCUUCACGUACGACACCACGCAUUUGCUGAACGAGUACUACUUCUCGGCGAAGCACGACCCCGAUUUCAUCCCCGCGUUUUCGCUCAGUGAGGACCCGGACGACCCACUCUACGCCAACGUGUCGAGAAUGUGCUUGGGCCCAGGUUCCUGGUUCUGCAAGUACGACGCCUUCACCAGCCGCAGCCUGAAGAUGGGCAACUCCACCAUGGUGUCCUUCACCAGUCACAUGUCUGCCAUGAGAGACCUAGAACCUGUUGUGUCCUGUGGGUGGCUGGCCCCACCCAAGAAUGGGAGGAAAGAAGGUACCCGGUAUCUGGAAGGGUCAAAGGUCAACUUAAGCUGCAACAGUGGUUACCUUCUCCACGGCCCUGAAGAGCGCAGCUGCCAGGGGGAUGGGGUGUGGUCGGGCGAAGCCACGCAGUGCAUCUCCGAUAAUGUCCUCGGGAUUGUGCUGGGCAGUGUGUUCGCCUCACUUGCACUAAUUGCCGCAAUUGUGGUUGUCGUACACACCAACAGGAAGCGGAAAAGAAAAGCGGCUGAGAUUCAAGAGAAAAGUGAUCUUUGAAGAGUAGAUGUACAGACAUCCCAAGCAGUCAAACAUGCUGUACUCAUGUUGUUGUUCAACACAUUGUUUAACAGGAAAAAUGUUAUGAAUAAUAUUGCACACUCUAUCUUGAAGUGAUACAUUGGCACAUAGCAUUGAUCCAUGUCACUUCAGUACAUGCUGUAUAUGUUUCGACUUUGCAUAGGACAUUAUAAACCCAGACUUACAGUGCAGUAAGCCAUGAUGGUGUUGCUUAUAUCUACAUUUUUUCAUACAUAACUUUUUUCAUACAUAUCUAAAACAAUGAAGGACACAGAGUUAACAUAUUUCAUAUGUUGAUUGUUGGUAUUUGUUGCCACGUUUUUAGUUUUGGUUGACGUUGCAACUGCUGACUUGGCAUGUAGGUCAAGUUUGGAAGCUGUGUCUCUCGGUGAGAUAUACAGUAUAGGCAGUUUCAGUAGCAGCUAAUUUGGUUUAUUUUGGAAAAUAAAAGCUAACGGGAUGUGUACUGUAAUGGCGCAUCACUCACAAGCCCAGCGGUCCCUCCCUCUGAAACCACGAUGAACAGCAGUUUCCGAUUGGUUGCCUUGUAUGUCAGCGUGUGUUCUGCCUGUAGCAGUUCUCCCAAUUCAACUUCAUGGCAAGGCAUCAGUCGGCUUUUAUUAGGAAAGGCUGCCAUGGCAACUAAAAAAAAAUAAAAAAUAAAAAAAAGCCAGUUUUUGAUGUGGAAGCUCUGACUUGCUGGCUAGCAUGCAUGCUACUGUACUUUGUCCAAGUGAAAAAGUGCACAAAAUGUGUUUUUGAAAUGUUUUUUUGUUUUUUUUUAUUCUUGGGAGCCAUGGUAUUCAUGGUUGAGCCAUGUACAAACAGGAAAGUGUUAAUUCUCUUCAUACAGUAUUCAACAAAGGUUCUUGUUUUUUAUUUUUAUUCCAUGUAUUCACACAUCAGUUUAGCUUUGAUUUGAGAGGAAGGCAGCUGAACAGUGCUCAGUUGUUCAGAACUGUGAAAUUCAGAAACGCACAGCAAGUUGUAUGGACAGGAACUAAGUAUUGUAAUGAAGUAUUUGGGCUUGAAUUAAAUUGUAUUUCACUGUACAAAUUCUGGACAUGAUCUCAGCUGCUAUGCUGCCAAAAAGUGAAAAGCUUGCAACACAGUGUUCCUCCUGCCAGAAUUUCUAUUUUUAUAUGUGGUCACUUAUGUUUUAUAUAGAUUAUUGCAACAAAUGGUAAUGUGCAUUUGACAUAGUCAGUAAAUUUUUUGGCAGGGCUGCCAUAGUAUUUUUGGAAUGGAAAGUGCAGUUUGAUAACUCUACAGUCCCUAAGAUACACUCCAGCUUUGCCUUUGAACUGUUAUUCAGUGGAAACCUAAGCCAUAGAAACUGAAUCAGUUAUUUAAAAAAAUAUUUAUAAAAACUAACUAAAUAAGGUAUUUUCUCACUUAUUGUUUGAUUGUAGUAUUUUUAAUUAAUUAGAGCUUUUGCACUAAUAUAUACUGACUGGAUUUGUAAUUCAGCUGUGGCCUUUAAUAAUUAGUUGUUAAAAUUCACAUAGGCUGUCAGCUGCACUGUAAUAGGCCAACAGUACAAGCGCCCUGGUUG